AUGCAUUGUUGCCGCCAAUUCGUCAUACUGACAACCAGAGAAGAGGUUUUGGGCGUGGUCGUUGGCAAAAUGAUAGAGGAGCUGGCAUCCUUCCUCGAGCUGGACCUUAUCCUCAAAGGCGUGGCUAUGGUUCUGGUUCCAAGUUCAUUAAUGGUCGCCAUGGUGACCGUUUUGUUUCUGAAUUAA